AUGAUUUAUGGCCCGAAAGAAUCUGAUCAUCCAAGUAAAGCAAACUUUGCACCUGAAAAUACUAUAAUCACGAAUGUUUUGCUAGCAUUUAAUGAGAAAGAUGUAGAGGAAUGUAUAUCAAAAGAAGCAUAUUUCCACACAGAGAAUAAUCAUUUGACAAUUUUGAGUCCAAGUGUAGAGUGCGAUAAACAACUAAUGCACAUUGUUCAAUAUGCUAAAACGAUCCCAGAAGAACUGCAUAUGAAGGUCAUCAAUGCUACUGAAGAUUAUGAAAAAGAUAUGCUUCAAAUGCCUUAUGAAUUGUGUGAAGUAAGUAUCGCUGGUGACGUAAGUGAAGAAACUGUGAAGUGGCUUUUAAUCGAUUGUAAUGAAAGUAAAAAGAAGGAUAAUACGAGAUCAAGGAUCAAGUGGCUUAUUAUAUCAGUCGUUACAGUAAUCACUGUUACUAUAGUGAUCGUAUUCGGAACAUACUACUAUUACAUAAAAGAAAAAAAGCGAAUAAAACAAAAGCAGGAAGAGUUUGAGCAACGACAACAACAAUCACAACAACAACAACAACGUCAACAAACAUCUCUAAAAACAUCUUCCAGAAAAUUGAAUGAAAUGUCAGACCAUACAAAUCCAUCAAGUACACGAACCACUCAAAUAACAAAUUCUUCCGAUUCCAAAUUAAUCCAAAAUAAAGAGAAAAGAAAGAGAGAAAGAAAAGAAAAAAUACAAAUGAAGCAAAAUGAAUUGGAGGCAAUUCAUGAACGUAUUGAUCGACAAGCCGAUGAAGAAUUUCAACAAGAAAAGAAGGAAUUGAUAGCAUUUUACAAA